AUGUUUAGCAGAACAAUGACAUCCACGUCGAUGACUUGCGAAAAUGCAUUGGAGCAUCUAAUAAAUCAAAGCUGGGAGCAGUGUGUUGGAAGCGGGGAUAAGAUUUACGUUAAACAAGUUCCCGUUCUUGUGACAAAGAUGGAGGAAAUAUUGGCGAUUGAUUCUACUUUUACCAAAAUUGUACGAGAUUCGCUUAGCGAUUUUGUAGCCAAGAACCCCAUGUCCAAGUUCAAUAAGUCAGACGCGAGAAAAGUCAUCAUGAGUCUGAUCAGCCCAAAAGAAUUUGCAAGUACGCUACGAAAUAAAUAUGGCUUGACAGAUGAGGUUGUUUGGGCGAGGAUCAACACUUCAAAAACUGCUCAAAAUGACACGUUCCAUAUUUGGAAAAGGCACCAGGAUACAGCGGAGUUGAGAUCAAAGUCGAUGAAAGAUGAAGAAAUUGAAAAUUUAAAGAAAGAGGUUGCGAUUUUGAGACAAGCCAAUAGUGAAAAGGAGAUCCAGUUGAGGACAUCAGCGCGAGAGAUUGAUCGACUAAAUACUCGUGUUAAGAGCUUAACCGCCAGUCACAGAGACAGGGGAGAUGGCGAGAGAUCAUUGGCUGCUCAAUUGGCUGAUAAAGAUGCAGCAUUGGUCGAGCUGGCUCAACAAUGUAAGAAAUUCAAAGAUGCGUGUAUCGAGUAUAAGCAACGUGAAAAAGAGACUGCUUUGGCGUUCAAGACCUUGGAGAAGGAAAUUGAGAAACAAAAUGAAGUGGUGCUGUUUUUACAAAGUAAACUACCGGUUGAGAAGGGUUCAAACGCCUUCAAGGACUUUCUCAAAAAUUUGCCCAUAGUUAAAGAAAGCUUCAUCUUUUUGAAAUACAGACAUGAAUUGAAAAACAAACGUUUACUACUAACGUCUGUGUUGAGUAUAAUUUGCAUGUUUUUGCUCAUGGUGAAUUUAGUUCUGGUAAUUUACUAUCUUCUAUUGCCAAUGGUUGGUUCGUUUGGUAAAGGCUCAGGUAUUGUUUACAUGGAGGAGGAGGAGAAAACUCGAUCCCCAGGACUACUAGACUUGAUGAGUGCCAUACCGUCAGUAGAGAAGUUUAUAUACGAAUGUAUAGAUUGGUGA